AUGAAGUUGAAGAUCCAGCAAGAUAACGCCAAACCACACGUCCUCCCGAAUGAUGCCGAGGUGGUUGCCGCAUGCAACAAGGAUGGCUGGGCCAUGUCCAUCAAUCAAUCGCUACAAUCGAAUCAUCAUUCAAGGACCGUGGAAGACAUUGUUGCCGCUACCAUGGAUGCGUGGAAUGUGGUGGAUCCAAGCAUGUUGAGUCGGAACUUCAUGACCCUACAAGCCUUCUUCCAAGAAGUCAUUCGAUCAGACGGAAAUAACAACUACAAGAUACCGCAUUUGAAGAAGUCGAUGCUCAUGGCGCAGGGGAAGUUGCCCGAGUGUCUACCGUGCGACCGCUCUGUGUGGGCUGAUGGGUGCUCCAAGCUGAGCUGCGUGGACUUUGACAACCUGAUGAGUACUCUACAGGUGGAAGUGAACGCAAAAUUGGACUUGGUUGAGCUAUGCAACGUGAUGGAGGCGCUUAACAUCGACGACGAAGCCGACGAUGGAUUUACUGUGGACGUGAUGAAAAUUUUGCAGCUUUAA